AUGGGUGGCUGUUGUUCUCUUAUACGACGAAAAAAAGACGAACUAAUAUCAAGCAAUUUCAAAGUCAUAGAUGGACGACGAUUUCAAUUAUUAGAUUCAAACUAUGUUUUGCCAAACGAUGUUGGAGAAGAAGAUAGAUUGGAUAUGCAACACUAUAUCCUGAAACAUGCAUUCAACGGGAAUUUUUCAGCACCUGUCGACCAAUUGUUAAGGCGUGGGGGAAGGGUACUUGACGUCUGUUGCGGCUCAGGCAUUUGGACUUUAGAACUAGCCAAAGAAUACCCCAACUCUUAUUUUGUCGGCGUAGACAUUGCACCUGUGGUCCUUACAAACGAAAAGCCUAGUAACGUCGAGUUCGUAGAAUAUAAUGUCCUUGAUGGACUUCCUUUUAAUAGCAACACGUUCGAUUUCGUAUUUUCCAGAGCCCUUGUCUCCGUAUAUACAAGAGAACAAUGGACUGAGCUUGCUAUUCCUGAGUACGCGAGAGUUAUCAAGCCAGGCGGAUGGGUAGAGUUGGCGGAGUGGGAUGGAUUAGUAAAAAGUCGAGUUAAAUGUGAGAAUGUUCAACGUAUGAAUAAUGCAUUGGCUAGUUUACUUGGAUCGAAAGGCCUUACUCCGUCACCUGGCUUUGAAAUCCAAGGUUUCCUUGAACAGUCUGGUUUGUUUACAAACAUUGGUCACGAGGAAAGAUUCGUUCCCGUAGGGCCAAAGGGAGAUAAAUACGCCGAAAUGGCAAUACGAAACUUUCGGGACGUCUGGUGUGCAAUGAAAUUUCCCUUUACGGCAGCAAUGCAGGUGACUGGGGAACACUAUGAUGCUAUUGUCGAAGCAGCAGUCAAUGAGUUCUUAGAUUAUGGUGCCAAUUGGGAAAAUAUGAAAGCAUGGGGUCAGAAAAAGGAUCGUACUGCUCCAUAA